AAUCUGAUCCUGUGUCUUUUUCAAAUGCAGUAAAAGAACUAAAGUGGCAAAAAACUAUGGAAUCUAUUGAGAAGGACAAUACUUGGGAGUUGACAAAUCUUCCACAAAGGCACAAGAUGAUUGGUGUCAAAUGGGUCUUCAAGACAAAGCUAAAUGAGAAGGGUGAGAUUCAUAAGCACAAAGCACGCUUGAUGGCGAAAGGUUACAAGCAAGAGUACGACAUUGACUACGCAGAAGUUUUUGCACCAGUGGCAAGGCAUGACACAAUUCGAUUGGUGCUUUCAAUGGUGGCACAAAACUCAUGGCCUAUCUUCCAUCUAGAUUUACAUGGUGUGUUGCAAGAAUAG